AUGGGAACUAGUCCUUUAGGUCAUGCUUACGGGACCCCAAAUGAGGAUGCAGGUAUAGCUGCUGUGAAGGAGGCGUAUCGAUUGGGGAUCAAUUUCUUCGACACAGCACCGUUCUAUGGUUCUGGCUCAGCAGAGCGGUUGCUUGGUAGAGCUAUCAAGGGACUGCCUAGAGAAGACAUCAUCAUUUCGACAAAGGUGGGCAAGUAUGGGCCAGGGCAGCCGGUGGACUUUGGCGCUGACCGAGUGACUCGUAGCGUGUCAGAGUCCCUAGAGCGCCUGGAUGUGGAUUACAUCGAUGUCAUUCUGGUGCAUGAUGUGGAGUAUGCUGACGAUCUCCAACAGAUGAUCAAAGACACGUUUCCGGCGCUUGCAAAGCUGAGGGAUGCGGGCAAGAUCAAGUACAUCGGGUUCUCAGGCCUGCCGCUUGAUGCUUUCACCUACAUCCUGGACAAGGUGCCAAAGGGUACAGUGGAUUUGAUUCUGUCAUACUGCCACAAAUGCCUCAAUGACGACACCCUCGAAGACCUGCUGCCCUACUUCAAGGAGAAGGGUGUGGGUGUCAUCAGCGCAUCAGUCACCUCCAUGGGCCUCUUCACCAAACAGGGAGCGCUAGACUGGCAUCCGGCGCCCAAGCCAGUGCUGGAGGCAGCGAUAGAGGCCAGGCAGCGAGCUGCAAAACACGGCGUCGACAUUGGAACUCUGGCCAUCAAGCAUGCUGUGAAGGCGGACGGCGUCAUCACACUUGUCGGCAUGAGGACACCCGAAGAGGCGCAGGCGGAUGCGCAGAUUGUGCUGGAGGGGCUGGGGUUAGUCAAGAGCAACAAUGCUGAUGCUGAGGAAGCUGCCAUGAAGGAGGUCACUGAAAUUCUGAAGCCUCACAUGGGUGUCACAUGGCAGACUGGCAACCCCAACAAUCGGACGUGA